AUUUUGCAUGUGAGAUGAGCUUGCUAGUAAAAACAUUACCUGUGCAAAUGGUGCCUCUGGGCCUGGGGCAGUCUGAACCAGUAUAAAAACACAUCCAACAGCAGGCUGCCUCAUCCACUUCUCUUGCCUUCUCCUCCUUGGUGAACAAGGUGCGCCUCCAUCCCGCAGCCAUGUCCUGCUACGAUCUGUGCCGUCCCUGUGGCCCAACCCCGCUUGCCAACAGCUGCAACGAGCCCUGUGUCCGGCAGUGCCAGGACUCCCGUGUGGUGAUCCAGCCCUCUCCCGUGGUGGUGACCCUGCCCGGCCCCAUCCUCAGCUCCUUCCCCCAGAACACCGCUGUGGGAUCCACCACCUCGGCUGCCGUUGGCAGCAUCCUGAGUGAGGAGGGAGUGCCCAUCUCCUCCGGGGGCUUUGGCCUCUCUGGCUUUGGUGGCCGCUACAGUGGCAGAAGGUGCCUGCCCUGCUAAAGCCCACGAGGACGACCAGUGAGCGCAUCGACCAGGAAGCCCGAAGCCAGGUGCCGGACUGAGGACGGAGCUGCUGGCCAGGGUUUCCAGAUGGGCUGAGCACCCUCGUGGCCUCCUGCAGAGCAGAGAGGGAAGCCAGGGUGCCAGCCUGUGCUGUCUGGAAACACGGC